AACGAAAAAUCCUCCGAAGCUGUCGAUGUGUUUUGGACAAGAAUCGAAAAAAAGCGUUACGAAGAUUCAAUCGCUACGGCAAGGGCAAGUGGAAUAUUACAUAUUUUCGAAGCAACAAAUAAGAGCCAGCAAUAUGUCACAAAUAUUCAACAUCAAGAUUUCCAAAAUCUAUACCAACCUCGUAACAGUAGACAAGAUGAGACAACAACAAAUGGAAAUGAUUAUUUGCGAAAAAGAAAAGACAUAGACUAUAACGAGGAUCGAAUGACAAAGAGGUUAUAUUGUGAUGAUGGCUAUGUUACACCAUUACAGCAUAGUCCGAAAGAUAGUUUAAGUUCACCUUCUGAGACAUCUCAAUACUUUCCAAGUGACAGGCUUGAUGACAGCAGAAGUGACAAUGACUUUACCUCAGAGAAAGAAGUCAUAGAUUUCUGGAUAAGCUAUUCUUUUGAUGAACUUGAAAAUCAAUUGGAAAUAGAAUGCAAAGAUCCAGUAUGCAAAAAUCUUGAAGAAUUAAUCUCCUUUUCUAUUUAG